AUGAUCGGCGGAAAUCAGGUCGCUGGCUCAGCAGAGUUCUUCGCAAUGUUGAGCCAGUCAUGCGAUCGAAUGUACGUGUCUCACUCAAAGGAGGAGACUGCUGCCCUCAGAAAGAAAAUUACCCACCUCAACAAGGAGAUUGGCCGUCUCAAGGAGUGUGAAGCUCACGUCCAGCGACUUUCACAGGAGAAAAACAACGCUGAAUCUGACGAAGAGCAGGUCGAACACGAAAAACUAACCAUCAAAGGGGAGGUUUUCACAUUGACAGGUGAAACAGCGGCGUUGAGAGGCGAGCUACACAAGCUCCAGGAUGACUUGAGCGACUCGAGAACUGAUCAUGCCGAAGUGCUUCGGAGAGUGACGGCCAGCACGACUGUCAAAGACGCGGAGAUAACUCGAUUGAGACGAGAUUUAGAGACCGAAAAGAGCGGAAAUUGCACAGAUUCGUUACACGAGGAGCUCCAUCGGACCUUGGGCUUCCUCGACAAUGAGAAAGCUAACGACUUCAUUCACCUUCACCGAGAAAUACGACGUUUACGGGCACAACUCACUUCCGAGAAGAAAGCGAAUAGGAAGUCUUUGGAAAAAGAUUUGGCAGUUCUCCAAAACGAGCUUAAGUUUGGUGCAGAUAGAUAUCGUACUAACGACCUUGCCCAACAAGUCGCACAACUUCAGUUAGAUCUUGGAAAAGAGAGCGUUGCCAAUCGAGCCUGGCGCGAACAGUACCAUGAACAUGAACUGAGAGCAGAAAGGCAUCCAGGAAGGAACCAACUCGAGACUCAGACCAGAAACGACCACACAGUUGCCUUAAGCCAGCAGGUAGAUCCACUGCGGACUGAUCUCGAGGAUAGAACUGCAGCUGAUCGAGAACUUCGCACACAGCAAGUAGAAUGUGAACGAACUGCACAGGCAACAGCGAGUCAAUAUCAAAGCCUCCAGAGUGAGUUUGACAGCCUUAGAGCUCAGUUUGAAAACCACGUGAAGACUAACAAGGCUACAUCUCUUCGCCAACAGAUCGAGAAGCUCCAGGGACCUAACGAAGGUGACCAGCGCCAAUGA